CUUUCGGCCGAAUAUUCAGUCCAUAAGCGUCUCUCCACCGUGACAGACGACAGGACAGACAUGUUUUUUGUGUAGCGACAAAAUUAUAUCGACUUUUCGAAUAGUUUGUAUGACGUGGUGAGAUUUAUUUUUUCCAACGACGUGGUUUUCGUAUCGACCCUUGUUUUUGUGCGCGACUGUACUUUGUGUACUCUAGUGCGAGUUUAGUGGUACUGGAGAUUAAAUAGUUACAAGUGAGCCGUUUUUGCGGAAAACGGAGAAAAUGUGGCCGCCAAGAUUGGUCAGAUGGACGGUUACCGUCCUCCUGAUUGUGGCUGUGAUCACACCUGCCUCAGAUUCCACAAAUGUCCGCAGAAGACUUCGCAAACCUAGCAAAGUGUCAACAUCUGCAUCUACCAGCGUAUCAAGGUCUACAGAUCAGAUGAUAUCGGCUAGUGUCAACAGGCCCAAGAUACGUGGGAGACCAAUUCUAGCAAGUCGAAAGUCUUCAGCAGCUCUAGACAAUUCUGUCAGUACUGAUGAACAUAAGAAUAAAGAUGGCUACAAGAUCGUCUGCUACUACACAAAUUGGUCGCAGUAUCGUACCAAAAUCGGCAAGUACGUACCCGAAGAUAUUCAACCAGAUCUCUGCACACACAUCAUCUUCGCCUUCGGAUGGCUAAAGAAGGGAAAACUCAGCUCCUUUGAGUCCAAUGAUGAGACUAAAGAUGGAAAGACUGGACUUUACGAUAGAAUUAACGCCUUGAAGAAAGCCAAUCCCAAAUUGAAGACAUUACUUGCUAUUGGUGGGUGGUCAUUUGGUACGCAGAAAUUCAAAGAAAUGUCGGCGACUAGGUACGCACGUCAAACCUUCAUCUACUCGGCAAUACCGUACUUGCGUGACAGAAACUUCGACGGUCUUGACAUCGACUGGGAGUACCCCAAAGGAGGUGAUGACAAGAAGAACUACGUGUUGCUUUUGAAAGAACUCAGAGAAGCAUUCGAGGCGGAGGCUCAAGAGGUGAAGAAGCCACGUCUCCUGCUCACCGCUGCUGUGCCCGUCGGCCCUGAUAACAUCAAGAGCGGUUAUGAUGUCCCAGCUGUUGCUAGCUAUCUGGACUUUAUCAACGUGAUGGCAUAUGACUUCCACGGUAAGUGGGAACGUGAGACGGGCCACAACGCUCCGCUGUAUGCUCCCUCCUCUGACUCGGAGUGGCGCAAGCAGCUGUCAGUUGACCACGCCGCACAUCUCUGGGUGAAGCUGGGAGCGCCUAAGGAGAAGCUUAUUAUAGGUAUGCCGACUUACGGACGAACUUUCACUCUCUCGAACACUAACAACUUCAAAGUAAAUUCCCCGGCGAGCGGGGGCGGUAAGGCGGGCGAGUACACAAAGGAGAGCGGCUUCCUCGCUUAUUAUGAGGUUUGUGAAAUGUUACGUAAUGGCGCAGCUUAUGUUUGGGAUGAUGAAAUGAAGGUGCCGUAUGCUAUUCACGGUGAUCAAUGGGUCGGCUUUGAUGAUGAAAAAUCAAUUAGGAUUAAGAUGAGAUGGAUUAAGGACAACGGUUUCGGAGGUGCUAUGGUAUGGACUGUGGAUAUGGACGAUUUCAACGGAGAUGUAUGUGGCAACGACGUCAAAUACCCACUUAUUGGCGCUAUGCGGGAGGAACUUCGUGGUAUUUCUCGUGGAAAAGACGCGAAAGACGUUGACUGGUCUACCGUAGCCGAGAGUGUAGUUAUUGACGUCACUGAAAAACCUCAACCGAUAAAGAUCAGUUUGAGUGAUGUACUCAGCAAAGCCAAGAAGCCCACCAAGACUAUCAUUGUUAAGAACGCCAAUUCUCCACUCGCUGAUAAGAACAAACGUGAAGCUCAAGUUCUUUGUUACCUGACAUCCUGGUCAUCCAAAAGACCUAGCGGCGGUAGAUUCAUGCCAGAAAAUGUUGAUGCCAAUCUUUGCACUCAUGUUAUCUUUGCGUUUGCCACCCUCAAAGACCACAAACUAGCGGAGGCUGAUGAAAAAGACGCCGAUAUGUAUGACAAAGUUGUUGCACUUAGAGAAAAGAACCCUAACUUGAAGAUCCUUUUAGCUAUUGGUGGGUGGGCAUUCGGCUCAACUCCCUUCAAAGAACUUACAUCUAAUGUAUUCCGUAUGAACCAGUUCGUCUACGAAGCUAUUGAAUUCCUCAGGGACUACCAGUUUAAUGGACUUGAUGUUGAUUGGGAGUAUCCAAGAGGAGCUGAUGACAGAGCUGCUUUCGUUUCAUUACUUAAAGAACUUCGCCUGGCUUUCGAAGGAGAAGCUAAAACAUCAGGACAACCAAGACUUCUACUCACAGCUGCGGUGCCAGCAUCAUUCGAAGCUAUCGCUGCUGGAUACGAUGUACCUGAGAUCUCCAAAUAUCUUGACUUUAUCAACGUGAUGACCUACGAUUUCCACGGUCAGUGGGAAAGGCAAGUAGGACACAACAGCCCCCUGUUUCCUCUUGAAAGCGCUACCAGCUACCAGAAAAAACUAACUGUGGACUAUUCAGCUCGCGAAUGGGUACGCCAGGGUGCUCCUAAAGAAAAGCUUAUGAUUGGUAUGCCCACAUACGGAAGGUCCUUCACUUUGAUAAAUGAGACUCAAUUCGACAUCGGAGCACCUGCAUCUGGUGGAGGCCAAGCUGGUAGAUUCACCAACGAAGCUGGUUUCAUGUCGUACUACGAGAUUUGCGAUUUCCUAAGAGAAGACAACACAACAUUAGUUUGGGACAACGAACAAAUGGUACCUUUCGCAUAUAGAGAAGAUCAAUGGGUUGGUUUCGAUGACGAACGAUCACUUAAGACAAAGAUGACAUGGUUAAAAGAGGAGGGCUUCGGUGGAAUUAUGGUUUGGUCGAUUGAUAUGGACGACUUUAGGGGAACGUGCGGUACUGGAAAGUAUCCUCUUGUAACAGCUAUGAAACAAGAGUUAGAUGGUUACAAGGUUAAAUUGGAAUAUGAUGGUCCAUACGAAAGUACAAACCCAGCAAGUGCACAAUACGUUAAGAAAGAUCCGAAUGAAGUGAUAUGUGAAGAAGAAGAUGGUCACAUCUCAUACCAUCCCGACAAAGCCGACUGCACCAUGUACUACAUGUGUGAAGGUGAACGUAAACAUCACAUGCCGUGCCCACAGAAUCUCGUCUUCAACUACAAUGAAAAUGUAUGCGACUGGCCUGAAAACGUUGAAGGAUGCACCCAUCAUACCCAAGCACCGCCGGCUAAACGAUAGAAAAAUAAAAUCAUUUUAGUGUUUUAAAAUCGUAACAAUCUGUAUAUUUUACAAUUGUGAUUGUUCUAAUAAUUUUAUUCAUAUGCUUAUGAUUUAUUUAGUCUCUCAAUCCAUCUUAUUUGUUGAUUUAAGAAUUUCAUUAAAAUCAUUAAAAUUUGAUUAUUUUGUAACAACACAUUU